CAAAACACAUUGAAAUAAACACGCGGUCUUGUUUUGAUUUAAUUCUGUUCGGGUUUCUCUCUAUCGCUAGUAGUGCAUUCUGCUUUACGAAACACGGAAUUUUAGUUUUUGAAAUAUCGUACCUCGCUCCAAAUUACUAAUUACUAAGAUGGGUAAAUCGAAAGCAAGUCGAAUAAAAGGUCUCACCGGUCCGAAAACAUCUCUCGGUGAUCAAAUCAACGAGGGCCGGGUAGCUAAAAAACCAAAAGCCAGCAAGUUUCGCCUGCGAGCCGAAGAGGAAGAAUAUGUGGAUGCCAAAACUACGAAGAAAAUCCUCAACCAGGCUCGCAAACAACAAGCUGAGCUCAAUCUUCUAGGUGACUCGUUUGGUCCAUCGCUAGCCGAGUCAGCAGCGCUGGCUGAGGGUAAGAAAAAGCAUCGCCUGGGAGAUCACGAUUCUUCAGAUGACUCGGACGGGGAACAUCGGGGAGAGGAGGAUGUUGACGGCCAGGAUUUCUUCGAUGACAUGAAGAUCAACGAAGAGGAUGAGCGAGCAUUGGAAAUGUUUCAAAACAAAGAUGGUGUGAAAACGCGUACAUUAGCUGACAUUAUCAUGGAUAAAAUCACCGAGAAGCAAACUGAGAUUCAAACACAGUUCUCGGAUGACGGAUUGCUCAAGCUGGAGGAAAUUGAUACACGGGUGCGGGAAAUGUAUGAAGGCGUUCGAGACGUCCUGAAGCGAUACCGCAGUGGCAGCGUACCGAAGGCGUUCAAGAUUAUUCCCAAGUUGAGAAAUUGGGAGCAAAUUCUCUUCAUCACUGAGCCACACAAUUGGAGUGCCGCUGCGAUGUUCCAAGCAACGAGAUUAUUUUCAUCUGGAUUAACUCAGUACAUGGCCCAAAGGUUCUAUAACCUUGUGCUGUUGCCACGGGUACGAGAUGAUUUAGCAGAGUACCACAAGCUGAAUUUCUAUCUGUAUCGAGCGCUUAAGAAGGCUCUCUUCAAACCGGCAGCCUUCAUGAAGGGUGUCAUUUUGCCACUGCUGGAAUCGGGAGAUUGUACACUGCGGGAGGCGAUUAUCCUCGGCAGCAUUAUCAAUACUACCACAAUUCCAGUGCUGCAUACAUCGGCCUGUUUGUUAAAAAUUUGCGAGAUGGAAUACUCCGGUGCGAAUUCAGUCUUCAUUAGGAUUAUUCUGGACAAACGAUAUGCUCUGCCGUAUCGAGUGGUGGAUGCCGCAGUGUUUCACUUCCUGCGAUUCGAAAAAGACAAACGCGAGCUUCCGACACUAUGGCACAACGCACUGCUUACUUUUGCUCAACGGUACAAGCAUGAUAUAUCCACAGAACAGCGCGAUCUGCUUUUGGAGUUAUUAAAAAAAAAAUCCCACCACAAAAUCACACCAGAAAUCCGUCGCGAGCUGAUGGCGGCCAAAUGUCGCGAUGUUGAAACGGGUGAGAGCUUGGCUCACGAGGCAGACAUGGAAUAUAAGGAGGACGACGAUUUCACUCCAAUGGACGCAGACGAAGGUGAAAAAAUGGACAGUGAUACGAAUGAUGAAGAUGAAGAGUUGUAAAAUAAUUGAAUGAACAUUAUUUUAUGCUGUACAAUUAGUUUCUUUAUUGCUACAAAUCGUAUUUAUGCAAAUACAUCAGAUUUAUUGAUACAAAA